AUGAAGCUGCCGUCGUUUGCUAAUAAUGUAGGGGUUGGAGGAAAAAUAUGGCUUUUUUGGGAGGAUGAGUUUGAUUUUGAACUCAUAGCUAUGUCAGAUCAAGCAAUUAGUGGAUGGUUUAUCAAAGAGAAUAAAAAGAUUCUGGUUACGCUUGUUUAUGCGAGCUGUUUUCGAGCGAAGAGACUGGAGCUUUGGGAUUUUUUGCGAGGGCAGAAUUAUGGUGGUAGUCCUUGUUUUGUUGGGGGAGAUUUUAAUAUUAUCCGGUAUGAUAAUGAAAAGAUAGGAGGACUUUUACAGGCCUCUCGUGCUAAAAGAGAUUUUAACGAAUGUAUCCAAGAUUGUGCGUUAAUGGAUAUUCCUUGUAUUGGGAAUAAAUUAUCGUGGUGUAAUGGAAGAAGAGGAGGUAGCAGAAUUUGGGCAAGAUUGGAUCGUGUGAUGGUUAACUUGAUGUUUUCGAAUUUAUUUGGAGAUGUAAAGCUAUCUUAUUUGCCGAGGACGUCAUCCGAUCAUGCACCAAUGCUGAUAACACUUAAUCGAGAUCGGGAGGUUUGUGUUUGUCCUUUUAGAUUUCUUCGGAUUUGGGGUUCGCACGAUAGCUUUAUUCCUCUGGUUCAGGAAGUGUGGAGUUCUGAUAUUAAUGGUUGUGCUAUGGUUCGUAUAAGCAGAAAAUUAGAAGUACUAAAAGGUGUUUUACGGAAAUGGAAUAAUGAAACGUUUGGUCAAGUAGAGGAUGAAAUAAAAAAGCUGGAAGGCUGCAUGGUAGAACUGGAACUUAAUAUUACGAACUCGUAUUUGGAGCAACGAGAAACUAAACUGAUAAAUUGUAAGCAGGAACACCUGAAAUGGGUGCAUAGAGAGGAGAUGUUGGCUUGUCAAAAGUCCAGAAUUAAAUGGCUGACUGAGGGGGAUGCUAAUACUAAAUUCUUUCAAGCUUCUAUGAGGUUAAAGAGGAAAAGUAAGAAGAUUGAAAAUAUGAGCUUGACAGAUGGCACUUUACUCACAUCUUCGGAUGCAAUGCAUGAGGAGGCCGUCCAGUUUUUCCAGGAGCUUCUUAUGACGUCAAGUGUGAACUGGGAAUCGGAUGAUAUGGGAUUACUGGAACAGGUUGUUUCGGGGUCUGAGAAUGACAUGUUAUGUGCUAAACCUUCUUUAAAGGAGGUGAAAGAUGCUCUAUGGUCGAUUCCAGCUGACAGCAGCCCGGGGCCUGAUGGCUUUGCUGCAAGUUUCUUCAUGUUAACUUGA